CGGUCACUCUUAUAGUUUCGUGGCUUGGUUUUGCACGGUUUUUAUAGAUUUUAGUUUUAAAAUAAUUAAUUUAGAAAUAAAUAUGGCUUUUGAGGCGAUUCCCAAGGAUCUACGAGGACUGCGUGCAUGCCUCGUUUGCUCCCUUGUAAAAAGUUUUGAUCAAUUUGAGACUGAUGGCUGCGAAAAUUGUGAAGAGUUCCUGCGCAUGAAGAACAACAAGGAUAAUGUUUACGAUCACACAAGCAACAACUUUGACGGGAUUAUAGCCUUGACGACGCCAACCGAUUCCUGGGUGGCCAAGUGGCAGCGUUUGGCCCGCUUCACCCGUGGCAUUUAUGCCAUCUCCGUCUCCGGAACUCUUCCACAAUCGACUCUAAGAGAUAUGAAAAACCGUGGAAUCGUCUACAAAACUCGAGAUAGAAGCCAGCGCUAAAGAAACCCGAUUGCCGUACAAAAUACAUGUAUAAAUCUUUAUUUUUAAGUUAUAACAAAACCAGGAAUACAUACAAUAGCAAAACAAAA